AUGGCGGAAAGUGCUGGGAAGAAGAAAAAGAAAUCUCUCGGGCGUCAAUGUGCGGCGUACGGAUGUUACAAUACAUUCUACAAAACCGACGGAACCCCAAGUGGCCUACAUUUUUUUCGAUUUCCGCAGAAAAAUCCAGAGAAAUCUCGCUGGUGUAAUUUAAUUAAAAGAGUCGACGGACUUGAUGGUUUUAAAGUAACCACAUCUACAUUUCUCUGUGAGAAGCAUUUUUCCGACGCAGAUAUUAAAAGGAAUCCAAACAAGCGACGUUUGGUAUCUGGUGCAAAGCCAUCUUUAAAUCUGUAUUCUAGCAGUGUUGCAACAGCUCAAACCAAGCCUAGGAAGCCUCCUCUUUGCCGUUCAUUGGGAUUGGGCCUUGGGACUUCUUUUGCUUUGAAUGAGUCUUCUGAAGAUGAUGAUAAUGAUCAUGAGUUUGCUAUGGCUGGUCAUGAUUGCGAAGAAGAAUUAAUUGUUUCUGGUGUUUGCUCCAUGUCAACCCAAACAGAAUUUUCAUUUGUCAACUCUCCUGUUUAUCUUCCUAAAGAAGCAGAAACUGAUGAAACUGAUGGCCAGAUGUGCAAUGAAAUAAUGAAAGUUUUUUUGGAUUCAAAAAAUUUAAAAUCAAGAGCAGAUAAUUUAAUGGCUGAAAUUCAAUCCCUAAAUAAUAAGGUAACAAAGUUGGAGUCUAAGUUGGCAGACAUGAAAAAAUCUCUUUUCUCUAUUGAGAAGUUGAAAGAAGAUAAUUCAGCUGUGAAAUUUUAUACUGGUUAUCCUAACUUUUCUUCUUUGCUGGCAUGUUUUGAAUAUUUUGAGCCCAAGUUAAACCAGAUGCAUUACUGGCAUGGAAACUCUUCUGGAAAUUCUCAGAAAUCUGAUCGUGGCAAAUCCAAACGUGGCCGCAAACGUUCUCUUACACAUCUUGAAGAGUUCAUCCUUGUUUUAAUGAGACUAAAAGUUGGUUUGUUUGUUACUGAUUUGGCUGAUCGAUUCGGAGUUUCAACUGCUUGUGUUUCUCGGAUCUUUACUACUUGGAUAUGUUUCCUUUAUCAUGAAUUGCCCAUCUUAUUUCCCUUUCCAUCUCAAGAACUUGUUCGCCAACAAAUGCCUGCACAGUUCAAAGAUUUCCCUAACACAAGGAUAAUCAUUGACUGCACAGAAAUUUUUAUAGAAGUUCCAUCUAUUAUGAAAUCACAAUCACAGACAUGGUCUGAAUAUAAGCAUCAUAACACUUGGAAAGUUCUUGUUGGCAUUUCACCUGCUGGAUGCAUCACAUUUGUUUCCAAACUGUGGUCUGGUAAAGUAUCUGAUAAAGAAAUCACAAAGAAAUCAGGUGUCUUGGCUUUAUUGGAGAAUGGAGAUAAUAUAAUGGCAGAUCGUGGCUUUGACAUCAAAGACAUUCUACCUCCUGGUGUUAGCCUCAAUAUCCCACCAUUUAAGGGGACAAGAGCACAGCUCACUGCACAGGAAGUUGAAGAUACAGCAUGCAUUGCAUCUGUGCGAAUUCAUGUUGAAAGGGCCAUUGGUCGAGUCAAGAAUUACCAUAUACUUGAUGGUGUUUUACCUUUGUCUUUAUCUCCUGUGGCUGAUCAGAUAUUCACUGUUUGUUGUUUAUUGACAAACUUUUUACCUUUUUUAGUUAAUCCAAAAGAUAAAUGA